AUGCAAGAAAUAGAGGAACCGACACUCCUGCAGACAUUGCGCGGUCACAAGAGCGAGGUGACGUGCGCGGAUGCGAGCGGCGCUCGUCUGGUGACCGGCGGCGGCGACCGCGCGCUUCGCCUGUGGCGCUGGGAGCCCGGCGGCGGGUGGGACGAGGUCGCGCGCGCCACGGACGCGCACCGCUACGGCGUCACUGCUGCGCGCUGGGCCGCCAGCGGAGCCCUGCUGGCCUCGGGCGGCGUGGACGGCGUGGCGCGAGUGUGGUGCGGGCGCGGGCUCACGCCGCGACGCCUGCUGGCGGCGCCGGGCGCGGCGGCGGCGCGCGCGCUGUGCUGGGCGGGGCGCGCGCGCCUGCUGGUGGGGCACGACGACGGCGUGGUGUGCGCGUGGCACGCGGCGCGCGGCGUGCAGCUGGCGCGGCUGCACGCGCACGAGGGCGCGCUGCACGCCGUGGCCGCGCCCGCGCGCGCCGCGCUACUGCUCACUGCCUGCACUCACGGGGUGCUCAAGGUUUUCGAUCUCGCGGAGGUAUGUCGAAGCGGAUGUAACGGUGCGUCGUCGUCCCCGGCGGUGCCCCUCGCCUGGAUGGACAACGUGCACGACCUGGGCGCGCUGUGCGCUGACGCGACGGAGGACGGCAACAUGGUGGCCACGGGCGGGCAGGACGCGCUCGUCCGGGUGUGGCACACCCGUGUGGAGGACGGCUGGCCGCGCCGCCUGCUGCAGGGCGGGCUCCGGCUCAGCGGGCACGGCGCGGCCGUGACGGCGCUGCGCUGGGCGGGCUGGGGCGACGGCGCGCUGCUGGCGUCGGCGUCGCUGGACCGCACGGCGCGCCUGUGGCAGCCGGCCGGCCCGCAGCCGCACUGCGUCCGCGUCGUGCACGCCCACGCGCGGUACCUCACCUGCGUCGUGCUGCCGCUCGACAGGCGCUACAUGAUCACUGGUCAGUCGCUGACGCUGUGGGGACGCGAGUACUUCAUGCCGCAACCACUACUGCAGAUUAACGCUUUUGUUGCCUUACAGGGCAUCGGGCCACUGGACGAUGAGGUGAUCGACGAAGACGGUAUUCCGACUCAGACCUCAGUGGCUGGUCGGUCUGAGGGCAGAGACCACUCCUGCUUGCACCGCUUAUGGAGCUCAGCAGCACAUUCCGGUGCCAUCAACGACAUAGCUACGUACGGGGACCUGGUAGCCACCGCUUCUAGUGGGCAGUGGUGUUGCAGCGACGGGGUGGCGCGAGUGUUCCGCUGGAGCGAGGCGCGCGGCGAGCUGGACGCGCUGCACGAGCUGGCGGCGCACGAGUACCCGGUGCUGGCGGUGGACUUCGCGGCCUCCGGGGCCGUGCUGCUCACCGCGGGGCUGGACGGCCGCGCCUGUCUCUGGGACGUCGAGUCCGGGGUACAGCUGCGGUCGCUGAGCGUGCCGGCGGGCGAGGAGGGCGGCGCGGGCGGCGAGGCGGGGGGCGGCGGGGUACGGGGCGCGCGGGCGGCGGACGCGCGCGCCGCGCUGCUGCUGCUGGCCACGGACGACGGGCUGGCGCCGCUGUGGAGCCUCGACGACGACAACCCGCAGCCCCUGCACGUGUACGCGGGGCUGCGCGCGGCGGCCACGUGCUGCGGCUGGGCGCGCGACGCGCGGCUGCUGGCCGCCGCCAGCGCCGCCGGCGAGCUCGCGCUGCACGCGCCGCCCCCGGGGGCCCGCACGCUCUACUACGACCCGCAGGCGCACGGCCUCGAGGGCGUGCAAAGCCUGGACUUCGCUCCGUCUUCAAGCGCACUGGAGCUGGGCGAGCGCCAGCACGUGCUGGCGACGGCGGGCGGGGACUCGCUCAUCAAGCUGUGGCUCGUGAGCCAGCUGGAGGACGGCGUGGCGGUGCGCGCGGCGCUGACGCUGGAGCUGCACGGCGGCGGCGCCAGCUGCGUGCGCUGGGCGGACGCGCUGCUGGCGGCGGCGGGCGCCGACCAUGCCGCGCGCGUCUGGACCGUGGAGCCCCGCGCGCGCCGCGCCCAGCUGCUGGCCGUGGUGUCCGUGGGCAGCGCGGGCGGCGUGCUGGCCGUGGCGCUGCUGGGCGCGGCGCCGCUGCUGCUGGCCGGCUCGCUGGCGGGCGAACUGGCCGUCUGGCGCCUGCCGGCCGAUUUGCCCGACGAGCGCGACGACGAGGAGGGCACGGCACCAUGCUUCUGGAACGAAGAAGGCGUGAGGCGCUGGCUCCGCGACUGCAUCUCGCGAGUCCCCGGUGCGUGCACUGCCCGUGCUGCUGGUGCUGCUGGUCCUGCUGGCGCGUCAUGUGAUGUUGUUGCCGCAGGCGCGGAGCUGCGCCGGAACGAGGAAACGUUCCUGACCCAGAGAUGUCAGCAGAUGGAGGUGACGGGCUCCAUGCUGCUCUCCACCCCCGUCGACACGCUACUGCAAACCUUUGGAUUUGGUAUUCCGGUUUAUAUACCCACACGCUUGCAUGCUCUAUAA